UAUCUAACUCAGGCACGUGACUUGAACCUAGACGUGUUGAGAAUAGAAGGGUACAGGAAGUUCUGCAACAAGAUGUGGAACGCUGCUAAGUUCGCUCUAAUGCAGCUGGGAGACAGCUACACUGCUCCUGACAGGGACCUGAUGACCUGCAAACUGGAGACUGCUAACUUCUCUACUAUUGAUAAGUGGAUAUUGCACAGAGCAGCAGUAGCUAUAUCAGACACUAACACCUCCCUUAAAGAGUACCAGUUCCAGCAGUGCACCACUGCUAUCUACAACUUCUGGUUAUACGACCUGUGCGAUGUUUACUUAGAGGCCACAAAACGCGUCUUUUACAAGGGUAGUGAGGAUGAGAAGGAAGCAGCUAGACACACUCUCUGCACUUGUCUGGAUGUGGGACUCAGGCUCAUCCACCCCUUCAUGCCCUUCAUUUCAGAGGAGCUGUGGCAGAGAUUACCUCGGCUAGGAACAGAGACAGCACCCUCACUGGUGGUAGCUUCCUACCCCCGAACUGGAGCGCUCUGGUUGGACACUCAGUUGGAGUCUAGAGUAAACCUCGUCAAAGACAUUGUACAUACCGCCAGAUCUGUGAAAGAUACGUAUUUGGAGUCAAAAGCAAAACCAGAAGUGUUCUUAUCGACCUCGGAAUCAUUGUCUGAUCUCAUAGCUGUUAUGGAGGACUUGAUAGGAAGUACUAAGUUACAUCUUAACGAGUCAAUACCCCUCGGUACUGCUGUAGGCACUGUGGGUAACAGAUGUGAAGUUCAUGUUCUGGUGAAGGGACUUGUGGACCCUGUUCAGGAGAUUAACAGACUGCAAACUAAACGUGAAGGUGUAGAGAAGUUCGUGCAGCAGACGAAGGAAACAAUAGACAAACACACGGACAAGGUUCCGGAACACGUGCGACAAGCUAACUGCAAUAAACUCGGUUCUUUGCAAGACGAGCUGGUUACCAUAGACACAGCUAUCGCUAACUUCAGGAAACUCACUGAUAAUUAGGAGUUUUCAGUUUUAAUUUAGGAGUUAGAUCUGUUCAUAUUCAUCAUCCGACACAUCGUUUAAUAUUUAAAAGGGGAUGUUUUUCCGCUGACUUUAAU